GAAGCGGCUAGGACGCCGCUCGUGUGGCUGAAGAAGCGACCCUGAGGAUGAACAUUACCAUGUUAGGGCAAUGCACCACAUAGCAGGAGCACUGGCUGUUUUCGUCGUACUGACUGGAAAAGCAACGUCCAAAUAUUGUGAUGGUAAAUAUUUUUGUGACCCCCCCAAACAAUGUUGCACUUUGGGAUGUUGCUACCUCUAUGCACCCCCCUCUCCGAACCUCCUCUCACUCAUCUUCUGGAACCAUUGGUACCUUUGGUGCGCAGUUGCGGUUGCAGUCAUGUGCGGCUGCGGUUGCGGCCUGUGGAAGCGCAAAUCGCGGCCGAACCGCCCCCAGUCUGAGCCCCCCACCCCCGACUCCUUCUACCACCCUCCCAACUACAGCAGGUGCUCCUCCUUCCACCAACCGCCUCCCUACGCAGAGGUGACAUCAAAGCCUGACCUGUAUCCACUAGUGAUAAGCUACUCAGAGAAUGGCAAAACAGGAGGGAAUUACUUGAUGGUCCAAUAUUUUAGAAAUUACAUAAUGAGACCUGUUGGUUCUCUUUCGGCAACAAGCACAGCCGACUCUUUGAGCUCAAGCUUAUUUUGCAGUGCAGCAAAUGAGGCCAACAGUUUAAUACCUCCGCCUUACUCAAGUGCCCCUGGUAGUGUUGAACAAAUUAACGCACAAACUGCACCCAGCCACGAGGAUGCCGAUUCUUGCAUGGUGAGAUUGGAGAGUGAGCGACGGCAAGCCAGGCCUUCGCUGUGUGGUCUCUCCAACGUUAGUUCCGUGACGAUAGCACCCCUCGAUUCUCCUCCUCAAGCCACUACGCCGACACUUGGCAAGCUCUUACACCAUGGGAACGGAAGAAGCAAAUAUUUGGGAAAAGGUUGGUUAAGCAGGUCCGCACCUACUACACCUUCGACACAGUUGGCUCCAGCUUCUUCUUUUGAAAGCUCUCCACUCCUUGCACCAGAUCAAGAUAAUACAUUCUAAUUUAAUAUAAUUGUAGAUUAACUGAGACCACCUGGAUUCUCU